ACGGAAGUGGGUUGCCGGAGCUGUUGCCGGUUCGUUUCCGCUUGACUUCGCACCACCUCGCUCGCUUGCGAUCUCGAUGUUCAAAAGCUCUUUGGUGUGUUCAUUGACAUUGUUGUUCCGUUCCUUUCUCUUCUGGCAAGUCACACAAAACCACCAAAAACCCACAAAUUUUUCAAGCUCAAGAGUUAGUUGACACGGCACAUCUUCUCGAAUCUUGCCAGGAUACUACGCUCCAUGAUGAUGAAGCCUGAUAUCGCUACCACUGUGGAAGAGACUCCAAGUACACAGUUGUUGAAGUGGCCCAGACGCCGCAGCACCCGAACCAUGCUCCACAAGAAGAUCUCCGCCGAGACGACCCUGCCGGAAGAAGAGGAUCUGACAGGCUUUGGUGAUUCCUACUCGUCUCGCGAUGCCUCGGGCGUCUUUGAACGUCCUCAGCGUCGUCGAAGUUGCCUGAAAAAGUCCUUGAGCACCGAAGAACCCAGCAAAGGCGGCGUUUCGUUUGGAUCGGUUCACGUGCACGAGUUUGCCGUCUGCGUCGGAGACAAUCCUGCGGUCAGCGUCGGAGUGCCGAUUACCAUUGAAUGGAAACCCCAGUGGUCCGGCAAGUACAGCGUCAAUGACUACGACCACUUGGUGAACAGCGGCAAGAGCAAGACGCCUCCCUUGUUCACAGCGCUGCAGCGCUACUGCAUCCUGCGCGACGCGGGGUACACCAACGAGAUGAUUACCAAAGUCGAACGCGCCACCCGCAACAUCAAGCGAGACCGAGCCAUUACCAUUCAACGGUUCCACAUGGAUCCUUUUGAAGAAGCUCUGGAACGACUGGGCAAGAGCGCCUGGAAUGCCGUCUUUGCUCGGCAGCAGAAACAAGACCAACGAGAGAUCCUGGCCAAGUGCCUCGAGCACGACAAGGCAUACUGCGAGGAAAUCGAAAUAUGAUGAUCCUCCUUCCCUUCCUUCCACUGUUUUGGAAUGACUCGGCUCUUUUUCAUUUUUGCGCUUUAUAAUUUUAACCCCGAAAUAGAACUCCAUUUUGCUUUC